AGCUUUUCUUUUCCUUCUGUCUUCGUUGGUGCAUCCACUUCGAUCCGUCGAGGGAGGGCGAGUAGACACAACAGCGCCAAGGUAUUUUUUGUUGUUGCCCGAAAUCAAUUAGCGUGUCGUACUGCUCCUACCGACAUACAACAGCUUACACGCGUUCCCGAUGCGUCUCUGCGAAAGGCUGGUGAGCUCGUGCUCUCGCUUGAACCCUUUGGACGAUGUCACGGACAGCCGAUGUGGAGGCACUUCUUCUUGGUUUGUUAGACUGCGAGGGCAAUCGUUCGUCGCUGUCUCAGUCAACGCAACAACGCGAUAUCCCGCUCUUGAAUGACGUGUGCGUCAGUUUGGACAGAAACCCGGCGGUAACACCGCACUGCUCGCAGCGCUCUACGGCUGGCUGUUUGGAAAACUCAGGAGCGACCGCAGAUCUCUCCGCAGGUAUUGUACCGCCGACCCGCGAGCCUUCAGAGAGCAGCUUCAACUCCUCCGCAAGCAACGACGACUCGCUGGUGGAGGCAGCUACCCCCUCCAAGCGGCAACGACCUCGAGGCCCCUCCGUGGGUGGUCGAGUGUCAGCGGAAAACUCGUCCUCUCGCACCUCCCAUGAGGCAGGAAAGACGGAGGCUCCAGGGAGAAGGCCGGGUGGACCGGGGCGGCUGUCUUCCCCGUCCUCCUCCUCCAUCUCGUCCUCACCGCAGCGGGUGCUCUCCCUCGGCCAUCCAGUAGUCGAGUUUCUCGCCAGUGUGCAGAUGCAAGGCUACGCGUCACACAUCAUUGAAGAUAUCGGCCUGCGCACGAUGCCGGCCCUGCUCGGCUACGCGCGCUCGGAGACAGACGUGGCCGGGCUGCUGGGGCCCUACGCUACACUGCAGCAGCAGAGCGAACUGUGGAAGGGGCUGCGUCGGUGGGAGAAGGAGGAGUUGCGACGCGUGAAGGCGGCAGCGGACGAGCGGCGUCGACGGCAACUCGCCGAAGCACGCGCGCAGCGGAAGGCGCACAAGCAGACGAAGAAGGCAGAGCCGCCGAAGGCGACGAGCCGUGCGAAAGCGCAACGCGUCAACGGCGGCGGUCCAGAACCUUUCACGCCCUCGACAGUGCUAGGAAACAGUCACUUUUUUAGUCUCCCAAAUGUUUGCGAGCGCACCCCAGAAGAAGUCGGAGUGUGGUCGUCACCCGAUUUUUCGAUGUGGCAGCCGCACGCGGCUUUCAGUGAAGCAGACAACAGGAUGCGGGAGCAGGAUCAUCUGUCGAAUGCUUCCGCAUCGACUCAGCGACAACCGCCAUCAGGGCCUUUGUGCGGCGACUCUGCUUCAUCUUGCGCGUCGCUCACCACGAGCGCGACGCAGCGCAUGCGCGACCUCUCUUACCGUUGCACCCACUCCUACCAGGUUCGGCGGCGCCGCCUUCGUGGUUGCUGCCGGUGUUGCGGCAGUGGCGCGUGCAGCGGUCAACAAGACCGACAGUCGAGUGGGGACAGGAGAGAAACGGUGACGCCGGCUGAACCGUACGAUGUGGAUGCAGAGGAGGAUGGCGAGAGGCAGUGCGAAAGCAGUGGAGAGGACGCGCGCCACAAAACGGUGGAGAGGCACGAUUCCUUACCAACUGCCUCCUCAUCGCUGAAGACGAACAACGAGGACGACGGACAGAGCGAGGUGCCGCCAGAGACCCGCUCGCCCUCCCGUCAGUCCAGCGAAUCGCAUCUUUCUUCACUGUUGUGCUCUCUGCGCGAGUGGUACAGCGACGUGCGCGGAGAACGCCGUCUUCACGGGGGCAUCGAAGAGAGCGGUGUGCGGUUGCCUGACAGCGAGCAGGGGAAGCUGACAACAACGGUAAGAGAGACAGACAAUGCAUUGAACUCAGCACGGACACACCAAGCGACCGCGUCCACUCGCACUUUAGCCGACGCGGCCGAUGCUGCGUGCUCCGUCCACAACGAGCUCGCUGCGUCACGCUAUGUUUCUCUUGGGGCGCUCUCUGCGCAUGCAGAGCUGGAGCAAGUGCCUACGCCGCCGCCAUCACGACUACCUCUUCCCCUCGACACUUCGACGGAAGGCCACGGGAAACAUUCUUCAACGGUGGAGGUCGAAACAACAAAGGAGCUGCCUGCUUCGGUAACCGUCGGGUACGAUGACGCAGUCCAUGGCGCCGACUCCGUCGGUUAUAGUGCAGUCAGAGACUCCCGGCCUACUUCAUCGCCUCGAGAUGAGACGGCGGGGGCACGUGAGCGACUGGAGCGCAGCUUGCGUGAGGCCAUACAAACGUACAACAGUGAGAUUGCUGCAGCUCUUCGCGGUGUGGUUGUGAACCAAACAGGUGAUUCGUCGGAGGAGGAAGAGGAGAAAAAAGACGGGCCGUUGACGUCCGUGUGCGCGGUUUUAUAUCCUCUAAGUGGACAAAUGCAGCUGACUCUGCCGCCGUUCAUCUUCGCGGAAAGCGGAGAAGGGGAGUCGAAUCCAGUCCCGUUGGUGUACUGGGCUCAAGCUCCCCUCUCUGAACACCGCAUAGCUGCCCCACACCGACUUCCUCGCUCUCCUCAGCCAACGACAGACGACGCAGACGACGCGUGCAUCGCAUCACGGCAGCCGGAAACUGACGGUACCACGCGUACCGAGACGCAGCUGUCGCCUGCUGCAGCUUCCACAGAUCCGCCUUCGUGGUUUCCUUUUACCUUGAGUGCGCCACCGGGGUCCGCCACUUCUCCGUUCCCACCGCCGUCUAGCGGGCGGACUACCACUGCCGACGUUGUUCUCUCUGCAGUGUCCGGCGAGGACGUCUCGGCGCGCGCCACCGCACGCCCCCCCGCCGCUCCUAGUGACGCCUUUGGCUCGCAGAACGAGAAUAAAACGACUCGCAACGAUGCCGAGUCCAUCGACCUGGCUGAGAACGAAUUGAUCUGUGCAACAACAACGUACGGGCCGCAGCAACCAACACAACUACAACCAAAGGAGAAAACGCCUGUAAGUCGCUGCGAGAGCGUCGCGGUGCUGACGGCGGGUAUGCAAGGAGCACGGCACCGUCUCAUUGGCUUUGAGGAGUUGCAUUUGCACCAAGCGCCUCCCAAUUCCUCUCAAGACUACAGUCGACUGUCUGCACACAGCAGCGACACCGAUGAGCUGCGACGCUGUGAGAACAGUGAUAUUCGACACGAUGAGCGCCGUUGUGUUGAGGGGCCGUGCAACGGGGAGCGGGUGUGGGUUGAGGAGGAGGAAGAAGUUGAAGCGGGUGAUGUCUCACGUCCGUCUGGACCGCGAGGAAUUCGUGGCCCACAAGACACACGCGAUGAGGAGACGAACAAAGCUGUAUCGGGGAAGCAGCACCAAGACGGCGAGGACUGGUGGGACUCGUACGGCAUCGACGCGCUGAACUACACGCAGAACUGCUUAGAUGACGUACCCAUCGCAACACAAAACAACGAAAAGCGCAACGGUGUGGAUGCAUGUCGCCGCGAGGCGUCACCCGCCGCUAAACCGGCCGUAUGCUCUCCGAGGAGCCACGUAGCGUCCCCUCCCCCGAUGGAAGUAGUGGAGUUGACGAGCAGCGAUGAGGAGGAGGCAGGAGUGGAAGAGGUCGACGCUGCACCGGAGGCGUCACGCCAGCGCAGUCGAUCGCCAGCCACAACGUGUGCGGGCGGUGAUGUCGACCGCCGUCCGUCUGCAUCCGACACCACACGGAUUGUUCCACACGACGCGAACAACCGCAACCACGGCGCAUUCACACCGUCUUUAGCGCUGCGCCACUCCGUAGAUCCCCGCCUACAGCCGUCGGCCUGGCGUCGAAUGUCGAACGAAGAUCUGCAAGGGCUGUGUCAGGAGUUCGGCAUAGCAGUGCAGCCCAUGACACCCACACCGGCCGUAGAAUCCGCGCCGUCUCCCUUGCUGCCUCGCCAUCCCUCUCGCAGCCCAUCGAAGCCACCGAGCAUGCGGUCGUCAACACCGGAGUGGGUAACGUCUUCUGGCCUAACAGGUUUCACUCCCGCCGCCGCCGCCGCAGCACCAGCAAACGAAGGAGGGGCUUGUGUGUCACCACGCACGCGCAGAGAGCUUUUUAACCAGGACACUUCUGGCUGUACCGCUUCGCCGCCGCCAACGCAGCACGAAACACCUUCACCACGGAGUCACCGUAGCAGAGGUGAGGACCUCGUUAAACAGGCAGCAGAAAACAGCGAACAUGCAGGGUGUCCGAAUGGCCACGGUGAGAACGCACGGUGCUUGGACGGGCGGACGGUGCGGAUGCAGCGGGAGGCGAUGUUGGAGGCCUUGCAGCUGCUCGCGGUCCGACUGCGAUUCCGCCACGACGUCGCACCCUUCUUUUUACACCGCGUCGAGCGCUUCAGCGGCCUGCCCUACAAGCGUGUGCGUGCAGCUGAUCUCAUGGACGAGGGCUCGGUGCUCACCCGCGACGAUCUUCAGCACGCGCGGCAACGUUACAAGGCACAGGAGCAGGCGGAAGUGGAGCGGUGCGUGUUGUCGGCCUUGGUAGGGGAGGCAGCAGAGUCAACCGAGCAAUACGCCCAGCAGCACCUCGCGUCAGCACCGCUGGGCCACGAAGAGGAAGACCAGGACGCUUCCACAUCGCACCACAACAUCACCUCUCCUGGUUCGCCGUUGCCCCCGACCUCUGCAGCUGCCUGCGGGUUGUCGCACUUUGAGCAGAUUCUUCUGCGCGAGCCCGUCAGUGUGGAGGCGACGACUGCGGUGGUGCAGCGGUCAUUUCCGCACGUUGCCCACACGCGUGUACAGCAGCUGCUGACGUUGAAUGAGGUUAUUGCAGAAGUGGUGGUCGUGACGGCGCCAAGACGCUCCCCGUCUCCCCCACCUCCCCCACCUCCCCGUACCAGCAUACCCACUGCAAAGGAGAGCUCCGGCUUGGGCGAGUCAACGGCAACGACGAGCGUUGGCACGCCUGCACAGCCAGCGAUGCUUUCUCCUCCGCGGGGCUUUGCGGACUCGCCCGAAGUGCCUACUCUAUCUCAAGAGGCGCAGCGCCGCGCCAAGACCCGGCGUUACUUUGCGCAGCAUGGGUACAUGACGCGACGCGGGGCGUGGAGCCGGGGUGGUCGUCGCGGACGCGGUGGCCAUGGAUGA